CCCCUCUUCGUUCUAGGGUUUCGCCUGUCUCUCUCUCUCUCGCUCUGUGGGGUUUCAGCGUCCUCUUCUCCCUCCUCGCUUCCUAUGCUCUCUGAUUUCUAGGGUUCCAACCUCCGCCAUGGGUUGCUUCCAGUCGAAGAACGCCAACCCCCAACCCGGCGAGCAAGAACCCGCGCCGCUGGAGAAGCCGGAUCUCGCCAAUGGGGACGGGGGAGAGCCAGAUCGCGUCCCGGCGUUCAAGGAGUACGGCCUCGCCGAGCUCCGCGCGGCGACGAAGGGCUUCAGCACCGACCUGAUCGUGUCCGAGAGCGGCGAGAAGGCGCCGAACGUGGUCUACCGGGGCCGGCUCGACGGGGGCCGGCUCAUCGCCGUAAAGCGCUUCUCCAAGCAGUCGUGGCCCGAUCCCCAGCAGUUCGUGGCGGAGGCUGCCGGAGUCGGAAAGGUGCGCCAUAAGAGGUUGGUGAACUUGAUAGGAUGCUGCGCAGAGGGCGAUGAGCGGCUCCUGGUGGCAGAGUAUAUGCCUAAUGAUACACUUUCCAAGCAUUUGUUUCACUGGGACAAAAAGCCACUACCAUGGGAAAUGCGUUUGAGGGUUGCAUACCACAUUGCUCAAGCCCUUGAUCAUUGCAAUGCUGAAAAUCGGAGAAUCUAUCAUGACUUAAAUGCUUAUAGAGUUCUUUUUGAUGAGGAUGGUGAUCCCUGUUUGUCAAGCUUUGGACUGAUGAAGAAUAGCCGUGAUGGAAAAAGUUACAGCACCAACUUAGCUUAUACCCCUCCAGAAUUCCUACGGACAGGCAGAGUUAUACCUGAGAGUGUGAUCUAUAGUUAUGGAACAGUUCUUUUAGAUCUUUUGAGUGGGAAGCAUAUUCCUCCUAGUCAUAAAGCCACUUAUGGCUUUCUUUUAUUGAGCUUGACAUUUCAGGCGCUAGAUUUGAUCAGAGGAAAGAACAUAUUGCUGUUGAUGGACUCAUCCUUGGACGGACAGUAUGCCAAUGAGGAUGCUGCUAAAUUGGUUGAUCUUGCUUCAAAAUGUUUACAGUUUGAGGCCAGGGACAGACCCAACAUAAAGUUUCUUCUGUCUUCUGUAGGGCCUCUUCAGAAACAAAAGGAGGUGGCAUCACAUGUUUUAAUGGGUAUAACAAAAGCAACAGCAGUGCCACCGACAAUUCUCUCUCCACUAGGGAAGGCUUGUGCAAGCAUGGACCUUACCGCAGUACAUGAUAUAUUGCUUAAAACAGGUUACAAGGAUGAAGAAGGUGCAGAAAAUGAGCUUUCGUUUCAAGAAUGGACUCAACAAGUGCAAGAGAUGGUAAAUACGAAAAAAAUUGGAGAUAUUGCAUUCAGAGAUAAGGACUUUAAGACAGCCAUUGAUUAUUACUCCAAGUUGGUGGGGAUGAUGCCGGUUCCCUCGGCCACAGUCUUUGCGAGGAGGAGCUUCUCCUACUUAAUGAAUGGCGAGUCAGAGCUCGCCCUGCGGGAUGCCAUGCAGGCCCAGGUGUGCAUGCCCGAGUGGCCCACUGCCUUCUACCUCCAAGCCCUCGCCCUCUCGAAACUCGGCAUGGAAACUGAUGCCCAGGACAUGCUCAAUGAUGGUGCCACUUUUGAAGCAAAGAAGCAGAAUGGUUGGCGCACUUGAAUAGUGAGUUCUUUCACGUUUCCUUCUUGCAGCACAAAUUGGCGUUUUUACCCCUUGGCAUAACCUUUUUGAGUCUUGGCACUGUCUUGGAGGUUUAGAUUUCGCUGUGUAAUUAAAAAUGGCGGCUUAAAAUCCAGAACGGCGAGCAAGGUAGAAAAUGGGGGUAGAAAUAGUGCUGACUAUCUUGGCCAUUGUAAUGGCUUCUGGAAUCGAUUUGUACAUCACGUUAUUUUAAUGGAACAAUAUCUCCUCCUUUACUUAGCUUGUA